GUGUAUUAUACGGUCUGGCAGUUGGUGAUGCUGUUUCUGCACGAGCUAUCGCGGAGUCACGUGGAUAGCGUGAUCUUCUGGAAUUGGUAGAGAGCGUUUAUCAUUGCAAUCGUUUGAAUGACACGGAUCAAUAUUGGAAGAUACGUAUAUAAAAAGAAAAUGGUGCUGUUUCUAAAACUUAGCUGCGAGUUUUAAUCUAAGACGUGAAUUUGCGAUUUACUGAUAAAAUAUGUAAGAAUUCAACAAAAUUUGAGUUUACUUUGUAACCUUGUGUUUUAUUUUCGCUAUGGAAAUCGCGAAUUCAAGUCCCGUGAAACUACACAAUGGAUCUGCACCUCCAUCAAGGACAAACUCUUUUAAAAAUAAACCCCGUGCCCGUGGGGUACAGAAACUUAUUGAUGUCCCCAGACGAAACAGCAUGCCCGACACUGGGGCUAAAGACUUGCUCUCGGUAAGAGAGGGCGCCAAUGGGGAACCGUUACGUCGCGUGCGCUCGUUCAAAAUGACGUCAAAAGGAAUCGUCAAUAGGGGAGAUACGUUUCGCGAGAGCAACACGAGCUUGGCAUCCGAUGGAAGCUUUUCGGAACAACCUUUCCAUAUAAACAGACAUAGACAAAGAGUUCCGAGUGAAUCGGAUAACCUGGAAUCUGAAGCUGUCAUCGACUUUGCCACAUCUACCUCCAUUCCAAAUGUGUACCGGGUGGCGCUCUGUGGGUCCGUGGGUGUGGGCAAAACUGCUCUUGUCAAUCAGUUCAAAACGUCCGAAUACAUGGGCGGAUUUGAAAUAUCUAUUGGUGACGUUGAAGACGAGAUGACGGUCUCUGUACUUCUUGACGGUGAGGAAUCUACCAUUGAAUUUCAUGACGUCACUGAUAAUCAGGAGUUGCUAAAAACCUUGAGUGUGGAUGCUUACGUCAUAGUGUUCUCUGUCAACAAUCCCUCAACCUUCCAAAUUGCCAAAGAUAACCUCAACAAAAUCCGAAACGAACUGAAAAUCAACAAGACCAUCAUCCUUGUCGCCAAUAAAAUCGAUUUGGUUCGAAAGAGGGCAGUUCCGGCAAAUGAUGCAAGAAAAUUAGCCGACACACACUGCUGUAAAUAUAUCGAGACAUCUGUGGCCUUGAACCAUCAGGUUGAUGAACUCCUGGUGGGGAUUCUACGGCAAAUCCGGCUCAGUCGGAAUAAGAAAUCCCCUCAAGUCAAUCCUGGAUCCCACCCCAAGCCAAAGGUCAAAAGGUCAGGGGCCUUAGGACUGCUAGACAGACUCUUCUCUCGGAAAGCUAAAUCAGGGAGCACCUGCGACAAUUUGUAUGACGUGUGACCUAAUUCCAUUCUAUUUCAAAGCUGAUUAUGUUGCAGACUCGACAACAUUUUGCAGACUAGACAAAUUAAGAAGGAAGCCAAGACUUUCAGCAAGAUCAUUAAUUUACAGAUAACUGCCGUAGCAUGCAACACCAACAAUUGUUUUAUGAGAUUUUCAUCCAUAUAUUCAUAUUCAGAGAUGGGACAUUGGGAUGAUUUCAGUCGUAUUCAUUACAAUUCUUUAGAGAUGUAAAUGACAUAACCAUGUUAAUUUUGUCCAUUAAGACGAUAGCGGCCGGGAUUCUGCGUGCGGAUCCUCGAGAUUAAAAAGCUAUACAAUAUCUUGUAAGCAGUGUGCUGAUCUUAAUAGACUGAGUCAUAGACACGCCUUGUUGUCCGCACUCGGUCAUCGGAAGGCCUUACCAUUUUAAUUAUGAUAUAUCAGACUCAUAGCAUCGUUUAUGCCCCCUUCCCGAUGCUACGUGCCUGAUGAGGUUUCAGCAUAAUGUUUUUGGGUUUUUU